GCGGCCCACACCGCCGGCCUCGGACCCUCGGGAGCUGGGAUGUGAUAAGCAGCCCCCGCGGGGCCAUGUAUUGGAAGAGCGACCAGAUGUUUGUGUGUAAACUGGAAGUGAAGGACGUGCCAGAGCUGGCGGUUCCCCACCAGAAGUGCCCCGGGCUCAUGUCGGAGGAGUGCGGGCGGCCUGCAGCCCUGGCGCCCGGGAGGACUCGCAAAAGCGCCGGGGAAGAAGCACUGGUGAAUCCCGAGGGAGCCGGGGACGAGGACUCCUGCUCCUCUUCGGCCCCGCUGUCCCCAUCGUCCUCGCCCCAGUCCAUGGCCUCGGGCUCGGGCUGCCCGGCUGGCAAGUGCGUGUGCAACAGUUGCGGCCUGGAGAUCGUGGACAAAUACCUUCUGAAGGUGAACGACCUGUGCUGGCAUGUCCGCUGUCUGUCCUGUAGUGUCUGCAGAACCUCCCUGGGAAGGCAUACAAGCUGUUACAUUAAAGAUAAAGACAUUUUCUGCAAACUUGAUUACUUCAGAAGGUAUGGAACGCGCUGUUCUCGGUGUGGGAGGCACAUCCACUCUACUGACUGGGUCCGCAGGGCCAAAGGCAACGUCUAUCACCUGGCGUGCUUUGCAUGCUUUUCUUGCAAAAGGCAACUUUCCACGGGAGAGGAGUUUGCACUGGUGGAAGAAAAAGUCCUCUGCAGAGUGCAUUUUGACUGCAUGCUGGAUAAUUUGAAAAGAGAAGUGGAGAAUGGUAAUGGGAUUAGUAUGGAAGGAGCCCUCCUCACAGAACAAGAUGUCAAUCAUCCAAAACCAGCCAAAAGAGCUCGGACUAGCUUCACAGCUGACCAGCUCCAGGUUAUGCAAGCACAGUUUGCUCAGGACAACAACCCAGACGCACAGACCCUCCAGAAACUGGCAGAAAGAACAGGCUUGAGCCGACGUGUCAUACAGGUGUGGUUUCAGAACUGCAGAGCCCGCCACAAGAAACACGUCAGUCCAAAUCAUUCCUCUUCAGCCCCGGUCACCGCGGUUCCACCCUCUAGGCUGUCCCCACCCAUGCUGGAAGAAAUGACUUAUUCUGCCUACGUGCCCCAAGAUGGGACGAUGCUGACCGCACUCCAUACUUAUAUGGAUGCUCACCAACAACUCUUGGACUCCAGCCCUUGUUACCCCAUACAAUGACCCAGCUGCCAAUAAGUCAUACCUAAUUCCUUUUUUCAGGGAUAGAAAUGAUUGAGGAUAUAAAGUUGUCAUUUAUUAUGUAUAAAAUACCAUUGAAAAGAUAUUAAUGUUAAUUUUUUAUUUAACACCCAAAGCAUCUCCAACAUCUUUUUGCUGCCCAGGUAUCUAUAGUAGACCUGCAAGACACUUUUAUUGAUUCUUCAUUUUUUUGUAAAACUUAUGUUUACAAAACGAAAACAAAUCAAAGCAUUUUUUUUGUAUUGUCUGGAAAUAGUUCUCUCUAGUGUGUAUCUGUUAAUUUAUUUGCCAUCAAAAGAGCACUUUGCCUAAAAGACAGGACUGACAAUGUGCAAAAUGUUUACAAUCUUUUGUGAAAUUGUAGUUUAUCAUUAGUUUGUACCUGUAAGUUAUUGUUAUAAAUAUUAUCUGUAUUUUUUUGUUAUAUACAACUUUAUACCUUGAAGCUUGUAUCUGUGAAUUUGCAAAAUUUAUUUUGCCAGUGUUUUCUGAAUGAACUGAGGAAGCUUCUGUUGUAGCGUGCUGUGCAGACACAUGACAGUGCUUGAGGUUGGAGAACUAUGGCUGUAAAUAACACUCUAGUUUAAUAAGCCCACCAUCCUAAGUUUAUUAAACAUUUUCCAUCCUUGUGAA